UCCAACUACCCCUAACUACCCCGACCCCGACACAUUUUGGAUGUUCACACGUUCAUCUGCGUUGACCCAGAACCCAAACCGAUCCAGAACCGCUCCGUAAAAACUCUAAAAACAAACUACAACUGAACUGACUCUGAAAAAUCCCUGUAACGUUUGAGGAUGUUGCAGUUACAUUUUCCUCCAGCAGAGGACGCCGUUUGACGCCUCAGAGAGCCUUCCUCAGCCCAUACAAAGACAGAGGAAGAGGAGCAGCGGGUCCAGUUGAAGUCCGACUGAUGAUGGCUCCCAGCAGGAUGGAGACCAAACCAGUGAUCUUCAUCCUGAAGAUGCUGCUGCUGCUUUACUCCUUCAUCUUCUGGGUGACAGGUGUGGUCCUGCUGUCGGUGGGGUUGUGGUGGAAGUUCAUGUUGGGGCCGUACACGCUGCUGAUCUCCAGCAGCCCCACCAACGCUCCGUACGCGCUGGUCGGUACCGGCGCCGCCAUCGUCCUGUUCGGACUGUUCGGCUGCGUCGCCACCUGCAGGGGUCGGCCCUGGAUGCUCAAACUGUAUGCUGUUUCUCUGUCUCUGGUGUUCAUGAUCGAACUCGUCGCUGGAAUCUCUGGAUUCAUCUUUCGUCAUGAGAUUAAAGGAACCUUCCUGACGUCGUACUCUGAGGCCGUCAUGUGGUACAAUGGAUACGAUGAGAGGAGCAUGGCGGUGGACAGCGUCCAGCGCACAUUACACUGCUGUGGAGUCCAGAACUACACCAGCUGGUUCAGCAGUGUGUAUUUUCCUGCCAGCGGUUUCCCUGCCAGCUGCUGUGUUACCUAUGUGGAGUGCAGCAAAGCUGAACUGAAGAAUGCGACUCUGGCUGCACACAAAGUCUACAGACAGGGCUGCUAUGAGCUGGUGGUGUCCUUCAUAGAGAACAACAUGGCCAUCAUAGCUGGCGUGACGUUUGGCAUCGCCUUCUCUCAGGUGGUCGGGACGUCUCUGGCCUGCUGCUUGGCCCACCUCAUCAGCACCAACCAGUAUGAGAUGGUCUGACAGGUGAACUGAGUGUUUCCAUGAGUCCAGCAGAGGGCGCGGCGGUAUUAUUACAUGAUGAUGCGCUGGAAGUUUGAACAAAGAGCAAGUUUGAGAUGAAACUCAUAUUUUACUCCAGAUGUUUACAAAAUAAAAUCUCUCUGUGUGA